AUGGGAAUACCAAGGCAUCAGUUUUGUAGUUGGCUUGCAACUCAAGGAAGGCUAAUGACAAGAGAGAAAUUACACAGCUGGGGGGUGUGUGACAGUGAUAAGUGUCUAAUAUGUGAUGAGCAUACAGAGGAUCAUAGACACUUAUUUUUUGAUUGUGAGUAUAGUAGAAGAUGCCUCAGUGAAAUUAAACAGUGGUGUGGAGUCACAAUAAGAAGUCAGGACUGGCAGCAAGUCAUACACUGGCUGGUUAGUAGGAGAAGAGAUUCAAAAUACAGGAGAAUGGUCCAAGCAGCUGCUCUUGAGGCUGUGAUAUACUGUAUAUGGCAGGCUAGAAAUCUAGCUUUAUGGGAAGGAAAAAUCCCUUGUAUAGCUCAUACUGUAAAGAAAAUUAAGUGUGAUGUCAAGCAUAGAUGUAUCACAGUUAUGCCUAAGAAGAUUAGUCAGAAUGAUAGGAGAUGGAUUGAAGCUCUGUAA